UCACAAUGUGUUGAGUAGUGGUCGGGAGUGGACGUACGCGUGUUUCGUCCGUCCACAGCUCUUCUAGCGCAGAACUGUAAGGAGCCUACUUUACAAUUAUGGAUAUGGUGCACAACUCAUUAUAGGAUACGAGAUACGUAUACUGGAAAUUAACUCGAGAGUGUUUUAACAGCGGAGAGGUUUUUUUGGAAGUUGUGAAAGUCUGGCGGAAAGUGAUUUUCUGUGCAUUUGAUUCCGAGUGUUUUGUUUUUUUGCCAUUUUUUUAAACGGCUGCACUUCGCCUGGCCAAGGAAAUUUUAUUUUCAUUUUUUAUUCAAAGAAGGAAAAGCAGAAAAAGAAAAAUCCUCCGUUUGUAUGUGGUCCUCCAUGUGCCAACGACCCACGGACGAUGUGAUUGUUCUCCCGUAUUUAUGAUGUGCAACUAUGAAACCUGAUUAGCGCUGAAAAAGGAAAAAAAUAUAUAAGAUAAGGCCUAGGCUAGUCAGGAUGUGUGGUGCGUCGGGUACCGUAGUGAAGGAUUUGUGCCUCCUUCGGGACCGCCAUGAGAACCCAAGGAGGACCUCGAGGACCUCGGCCCCAAGCACCAGCGUGGAGAAGGUGUGGAAGGAGACGCAGCAGCUGAUGGAACAAUCUGAACACCUUGUGAGAGUCAUGACCCAUGUCUGCUCUCAACAGCUCUCCGGUGUUUUCAGGACCGUCGCCAAGUACUCUCAAGACUGUUGGCGACGAUGCAGCGUGGACGCCAGCGUGAGCGACAGCAGACGUCAACACUUCCACCACCUCCCCCUCCACCAGCGUCAGGAGCAGCAGCAGCACUGUGCGUGUUGUGAGGGCUGCGGAGGAGUGGCGUCGCAGGGCGAGGCUUCGGCGGGGCGCCGCGAGGGCCAGCAGCAGCAGCAGCUUCAGGAGGCGUGUCGGUGGCGGGCCCCUCCAGGGUGGUGGCGGUGGCGGCGGUGGUGGGGCAGGUGCCAGUGUGGUGGGCAGUGUCAGGACUGUAGCGUUAUGGACAGUGGGGGCAGUGCAGGCCCACCAGCCGCAGCCAGCCCGCCCCCCGCCGCCCACCAGUGCCCUUGCCCCGCGCUCGCGCCCACCCGCACACCCGCGCCCACAUCGUCCAGGUCGAGGAGCAGCAUGCCCUCGUACUCCUCGAUACUCACUUUACUCCUCCUCCUAGUCGCCACGUUACCCAGGUUUACAGAGGGAUGUUCCUCGCGGUCGACCCCGAAGCCGCGGCCGCCCUCGCCCACGAUGCGGCCCAACAUCACAUUCCAGACGUACUCCUGCCCGCCCGCCUACGCCGCCUGGUACUGCCUCAACGGCGCCACCUGCUUCACCGUCAAGAUCGGCGAGUCCAUACUCUACAACUGCGAGUGUGCGGACGGGUACAUGGGUCAGCGGUGUGAGUUCAAGGACCUGGACGGGUCUUACCUGCCGGCGCGGGAGAGGGUGCUCCUUGAGACGGCGUCCAUCGCUGGAGGGGCGACCGUCGCCUGCGUCUUCGUCUUCGUCAUCCUCUUCGCUAUGUAUGUCAUCAUGCAGAAGGACAAGGACAAGCGAUGCAGGGACUCGGACGAUGGCCGAAACAACGACCGGCAACCAUUCUCUGGGUAUCAGAACCCACGGCCGGAAAUAUUUCGAACUAUAAGUAACCCUUAUGCGCGCACCAUUGAGGAGCUUAGUCACGUGGAGGUGCAGCCAGCCAGUGGUGCUCCCAGUCCCAACACGGACAGCACAGCCACCAGCGGGAUGGACACCAACAAGCAAUGUGCUCUAGAUCCUUCAUAGUGACACCCACCAUAUCUAUGGUGCAAGCACACAUUUCUUACGGACAUUGCACAGUAACGCCUGUAUAAGGUGUAACGACACUAGGAAGAUUAAAACUACUCGGGCUCCUUGCUCCGGCAGGGUGGCAUCCCCACUUCCUUUGGUGCUCAUGAUAGUACUCAGCCAACAUGGAUGUCUCACUGUUUAUGCCUAGGAGGGUUGAGUGAUUGUAAAUGCAUGUGUAUGGCUCUGAAGCAAGCCAGCAUAAAUAGACACUUCUAGAAUCAUAUGUAAUGAGCGCAUUUCUGUGUGGAUGGUCUUAGGGUCUCGGGGGGUCUAUGCCACCUGUCUGGCCACUGAUGCUGAUUGUGACACAUACUCAUUUAUCUCAAGAUGCCUGUUAUGCAGUCUUUUAGAUUCACAGAGUAAUAUAUAAUGUUUUAGUGUUUACCAUAUAUAUGGUCUGCCUUGUGUGUAUAUAUAAAUAACAGUUUGUCUUGAAAAGGUGCCUACUCGCACAUAUGCCCUCCUUACUAGGCUUGUAAAGCUCGCAUCUAGCUGUCACAGAUAUCCAGGGCGUCUUGUUACUCAGUGUGGCCCAUAGUUUGUCUUUGGGCAGUGACGUGCGACACCUCGUAGACUAUUAGAUGUGAGUGUCUUAGCAAAAGUGUCACAGCCGUCCAUGUGGUUCUUAGGUAGUCCAAUUUGUGUGUAGGAUCCAAAGAAGAACUCCAGUCAUCUAUGAAGCUUUUUUCAUGGUUGUUUAUUUAUAAAUUUGCACAGUUUAUUUUUCAUAGAUGUAAUACCCAUUUAUUUUCAUGCUGUGCUUCAAUAUUGCAUUACUGUACAUUCCCAGCUUAACAGUUCCCCUUGUGUGAGGGUCUGGCAGGCUGCUGGCCACCUAUUCCAUACAAUUCCAUUAGGUCCGUUCCAUGAUGCCAACUCUCAUUACUGUGGUCAUUAGUGCACACAGUGGAACAUACACAGCCUUUGGUAUUAAGUAUCUGAAAUGUGUUUUAGACUAGAGCUCUGAAGCCAUAAUGACCACAGCACUAAGAGUUUGCAGUACCUCUGCCGCUGUGUCCCAGGAGUUGGCACUCGGGUUACUCCAGCAGGUUGGUUGUAUUAGGAUCCCGUACGGAGUGAGUUGUACCACAGGUCAUUAUUUGCCUCAUUAUUGUUCUGCACAGCCAGCUAAUCUCAGGGCCAGAGCAUUAGUUCCCCCUUAACACAAGGCAGUGUCAUCCUGUUUGUCAUAAUUAUUCUUUGUUCAGCACUGCCAGCCUGCAAGCAUGUUCCAUCAUUGCUCUGCAUUAAUGAUAUCCAGUUUCAGGUUAGGAAGUUGAUGUGUACAUAUUGUAAAGAAGCAGAUAAGACUCUUGACAGUGGAUGAGUUACCAGAGGUCUGUCACUCUGAUCUGGCUCAGGCCAAUAAGUAUUCACUAUUUAUGUUUCCAUUUGGCCGAUGUAUCAGUGUAAAAGAGGGUAGACAACUCCCUCGUAGCGGUUCGACUUCACAGCUGUGAAACACCUCUGGUACCCCCUCCUAGAGCUAUAUACCGCUUAGCUUGUAACAUUUGUAAAUAAAACUAGCAGAUUAUUAGCUUAUUGCUGAUCAGCUUUUUCUGUAAGAUUUCUCUGCUUUAUUUGUAACUUUCAAUUAUUCCUGAUAUAGUAUUGAUUAUUUCAAGAAAACGGUAAUAAGAUUAAGGUCAGACUUUACCAUGAAUCUUGGUUGCUAUUAGCACUGCUACUGUAACAUACCUCGCAAGUUGCUCUGGGGAUGAAGGCUACUUUCAUUUCUUUGCAAUGUGAAGGAAAUGCAUUUUAUUCCAUAACUUUUUUUUGUAGAAUCUGGCACUGCUUGCUGUUUAGUGCUUUUGGAUAGUUGACAUUUGUCCAGGAUAUAUGAGGGAUAAGUUUUUUGAGGCUGUUUCCCCUUCAUGCUCAGAUCAAUUUUAUUAGUAACAGUGCUGAAAGUGACUUCAGUUCUUAGGUUCAUUUGUGUCAGACUCACAGGAACUGCAAUUCAGCAUUUGCAACAGUUGUUUAAAGCAGUUUAUGUGUAUAGACAAGGCACUCAGCUUGUAAAGGUUCCUAUCAUGGUAUAUCAUAACUGGUUCAGUCUUAGGUCUUGAGUCCUAUGGCAGUAAGUCACAAGUUCAUUUAUUAAGGAAAGUUGUUUCACUGAGAAUAACCUUUUGUUUUCUUUAGCUUAACCAGUGUUGAACUGCUUGUCAUGGUUUAAAAAAAUUGGUUCUUAUAAAUAUCUUGCUUCUUAUCCUGGUUAUAAAAUUUUAAUGGCUUCCAUAUUACUCCCAGAGGAAUAGCAAUUGUCACCCUUGUACCUAGAGUUUACUGUACAUUGCAUCAAAAAAUAUUAUUGCUUUGUUGUGUACAUUACCUAACCAAAUAGUCAAAGCCCUUGAUAUGCACCCCUGCAUAUUUACCUGUAGUGAAGCCUAUGGGUGUUAGUAGCAAUCCUAGAAGUAGUAUUCCAUAGUUAAAAGAUCACUGAGCAUCAGAAUAGUGUUAUCUAAAUGCAUAAACUGUAUGUUCAAGGGAAAAGGAGUCUUUGGUGUUGUCCUAGCCUCACUACCUCUGAUUAUGCCUUGCUAGUCCACAGAUCACAGCUUUAACAUCAUAAUACAUUUUUUAAGUUGUGCAAAAAAGCAUGCAGGGGUGCUCUCUUCACAUGUUGUUCCUAGGGCAGUGAAAUACCAUGGAAGUUAGAGGAUUAGAUCACAAUAUUAGGGAAAAUUAAGAAGAAAAUAAAGCUUCCUUUAUUUCUAAUGUACUCAGAUCUUUUAAAGAGCCGUUGUUCACUUGUUAGAUUGGAAAUUGUAAUACCUGUCUUGAAAAUCAUAGUGAAGUUUUCUUUUAAAAAUCCUUGAUGGAUUUUUUUCAUCACUGAAUGCAGUGCUAUGGUGAAUUAUUGGUUAUAAUGUAAUUAAGGUUUCCUAGUUGUGCUACUCCUUGUUUUAAUUUUAGGUCAGUACUAAUGUUCUCACAGUAUUGUAGUGUACUGUCAAUGCAUAUCAACAAUGCAGAAAGAAUCUUUUCACUCGGUAGACACAAGGAUAUAAAUCACUUUAUUAUAAAAUUUAUUUUUAACAUUUUAUGCAGAAAGAUUAAUAUAUAGUGUCUUAGUCAUGAUGGAAGGCUCAUUAGCAGUUGAGAAGAAAAAACAAAGUUCACAGACAACAACAGAAGAAGAAUGGAAAGACAGCGAGAGUAACAAUUCUCUUUGCAACAUAUGAAGGCUUGAGGCAGUUUAGCUGCUCAAGUAAGUUACCAGUAAGUUUCAAUACCUGAAAUUUAGGUGACAAGGUUGUACCCAGGCUUGAAAAAAAAUGUUUUAUGUGGAUUAUUUGUAUCCAAUUAAUUAAUGGCCUAAGAACAAUACUCUCUUUGUCUUUGAGAAUAUCCUCUUAUUUGUUUCCUCUUUUUUUAUGAAUAAAGAGUAACCCCAUGUAGGUUUGAGCAUAUCAAAAAUAUUUGGAUUCCAGUUGGUUGCAGCUUGAUUAAUCAAAGGGACUUGGAAAUGGAUGAUAGCAGCUGAUUAUUGUCUGUACAGGAAGAUGAUACAAUAUUGUUAUCCAGUGUAUUUUAUUUUAUCAAGUUACUGUCAAUAGAAGAAAUAAAUAAUUUGUUACA